CCUGCAGGCAUGAUUACGGAUCCUACAAGCGGGCCUUAAGCCAAGGUAAUGAGUGCGUAAACUGGCUGCCUUAUUGCCAACAAAGGCGUCUUGGGACGUGUUUCCAUUGUCUCGGAGGGAAUCAUCACCUUUUCUCAGUGAAAUCCGCCGCGGAUUGUCUGCGUGCAACAGGAGGUAGGGAUUAAAGAUGCGGUCCUUGGAACAAAUGGUGAGCCAAGUCAGCCAGUACAAGCCGGAGGCGGGGCCGAGCGACACCCACAAUUAAAGAUGAACUUUGUGUGAACUAAUUUAUCUGAGGGAGGAGAUGGUAACAGCCUGUCCGCGGCCCUGGCAGGCUAUAAAAGCGGUGGAUGAGCGCCCUGGAGCCUCAGUAGCUGACGGAACUUCACCUGAAUUCAUCUAACCAAACGCUGCUUGUCACCGUAGACGCUGCGACAUGGCUCUGAGUACACUGCUGGCCACCUUACUGUGCACCAUCGUGCUUCCCGUGCUCUUGUUUCUGGUGGCCGUGAAGCUAUGGGAGGUUUACAUUAUCCGGAGCAGAGACCCGAGCUGCCGCAGCCCGCUGCCCCCCGGGUCCAUGGGUUUACCUUUCAUUGGAGAGACGCUGCAGCUCAUCCUCCAGAGGAGAAAGUUUCUGCGGAUGAAGCGGCAGAAGUACGGUUACAUCUACCGCACACACCUCUUCGGGAACCCCACGGUGCGCGUGAGCGGAGCGGAUAACGUCAGGCAGAUUUUGCUGGGGGAGCACCGGCUGGUGUCUGUGCAGUGGCCCGCGUCUGUGCGCACCAUCCUGGGCUCGGACACACUGUCUAAUGUUCAUGGAGCUCUGCACAAGACCAAGAAAAAGGCCAUCAUGCGGGCUUUCUCUAGGGAGGCUCUGGAGCUCUACAUCCCUGUCAUCCAGGAAGAGGUGCAGGCCUCUGUGAAGGGAUGGCUGGCGAGGGACUCCUGCGUGCUCGUCUAUCCAGAGAUGAAGCGGCUCAUGUUCCGCAUAGCCAUGAGGAUCCUGCUGGGCUUUGAGCCAGAGCAAAUCAAGACUGACGAGCAGCAACUAGUGGAAGCUUUUGAGGAAAUGAUCAAGAAUCUGUUCUCUCUGCCCAUUGAUGUGCCCUUCAGCGGACUGUACAGAGGUCUGAAGGCGAGGAACUUCAUCCAUUCCAAGAUUGAGGAAAACAUUAAGAAGAAAGUGCUGGAGUCAGACGGGGGGUCUAAUCACAGAGAUGCUCUGCAGCAGCUCAUAGACAGCAGCAAGAAGAAUGGAGAGCCCUUUAGCAUGCAGGCCAUUAAGGAGUCUGCUACAGAGCUGUUGUUCGGGGGCCAUGAAACCACAGCCAGCACGGCCACCUCUCUGGUCAUGUUCCUGGGCCUAAACCCUGAAGUUGUGGACAGACUGAGGCAGGAACUAGUGGACAAGGAGGAGCAUGGCAUGGACAUCCGGAAUCUUGACAUCAAGUCCUUGGAGCAGCUAAAAUACACCGGCUGUGUAAUUAAAGAGACUCUGAGAAUCAACCCUCCUGUACCUGGAGGCUUCAGAGUGGCCCUCAAGACCUUUGAACUCAAUGGUUACCAAAUUCCCAAGGGCUGGAACGUCAUUUACAGUAUCUGUGACACCCAUGAUGUUGCAGAAAUCUUCCCCAACAAGGAAGACUUCCAGCCAGAGCGUUUCAUGACUGAAAUCUCAGCCGACUCCUCCAGGUUCCAGUACAUUCCAUUUGGAGGGGGCUCCAGGAUGUGUGUGGGGAAGGAAUUUGCCAAAGUCCUGCUGAAGAUCUUCCUGGUGGAAGUGGUCACAAAGUGUCACUGGACUCUUUUAAAUGGGCUACCCACCAUGAAAACAGGACCUACUGUGUAUCCUGUGGACAAUCUUCCAACCAAGUUUACCAGCUAUUUACAAAAUUAAACUGAGAUGACCAGGGGUUGUUUCCUAAAAGCUCAGUAGAUUUGAGGUUUCAUGUGUUUUUUUAUGCCUAAAUUGGAAGCACUCAGGUGUUCUUAAGACAGAUCUAAGUCUGCAUUUAGACAUGAACAGAAAAUGUGUUUGGAUUUGUGUCAUUUGGCAUAUAUUGUACAUAAUGUAGAUGAUUUGAGAAGAUAUUUUACAUUUAAUGUUAUGGUGUUAAUAGUUUGAAUAUGUAUAUAUUCUUUUUUUAUUUUUGAAGAUAUGAACAAACUAAAUGUGAGGCACUAUACGCAGACAUGGAACAAUUUUAUCAACUGAGUUUUGUCUAUAGGAUUAUGUACAUAUUUAAUGUAGAGUCCGUUUAUAUAACUUCUGUAUCUUAUCCCAAUUUAUUUAAGUGACUUAUUUACAUUGCA